AUGAAGAGCAGCUUCGCCCUCCUUGCGUGCCUCGUGGUACUGGCUGCGGUUGGGUCCGCGCACGCCUCCACGACUUGCCUGGACGAGAACGGCAACCCCGUCGACUGGUGGAUCAUACUGAAGGCGCCGUACCUGCACGGCAGCUCAGCCACCACCAGCGGGUACGGUUAUUCGUACGCCGAUGCCAACAGCCCGGCCUUCACCCUGUCCAGCAACCGGUUGGACACCAACCUGAAUGGUGCCCUGGGCUCCACCCUCAACCAAAUCUACAAUGCCGACUCGUCUCGCGUUGGCUGGGUGAUCUACAAUGACCAGACGCCCGAUGACAAGGAGCACACCUCGAACGGCCACACGAAGGGCGACAUGGCGUUCGACGCCAACGGCGGCUUCUGGCUCGUCCACAGCGUGCCGCGCUUCCCGGCCGCCACCGGCUCCGGCAGCUACGCCGGCUACCCGGCCUACGCCAAGGAGUACGGCCAGUCCUUCAUCUGCAUGUCCUACGACCUGAACAACAUCAACCUGGCCGCCGGCGGAUUCCUGCUGAACGAGCCGCACCUCUACGACUCCAACGUGCCGCCUCAGCUCGUCUCCUCUCUGCCUAACGUGCAGGCCGCCAUCAACGGCCAAUUCAACACCCGGGAGGUGGCCACCAACGUGACGUCGCUCAGGACUCAGGGCGGCACCAACUUCCUGGCCUUCGCCAAGAACAAGAAGUGGGACCAGGACCUGUGGUCGGCCCUUGUGUCGCCAACGCUCAACUCUGGUCUGCUGAUCGAGAGCUGGAUGGACGGCGCCAACACCAACAAGAUGCCCACCUUCUGCAAGCCCCAGUACUCCUACAACAACAUCAACGUUCGGCAGGUCGCCCUCGAUUCCACCGUCACCUGGCCUGAGACCAAGGACCACUCCAAGUGGGCCAUCGCUACCGAUGCUGCCAUCUUCUGCAUCGGCGACAUCAACAGGCAGUUCUCGCAAGCCAAGCGUGGCGGCGGAACCGUCUGCGCCCAGAAUCCCAACAUCUGGGCCGCCUUCAAGAAGAUCAUCGCCCACGCGGACUCGUGCUAA